AUGUCUCUGACCAAGACUGAGAGGGCCAUCAUUGUGUCCAUGUGGGGCAAGAUCUCCACACAGGCCGACACCAUUGGCACUGAGACCCUGGAGAGGCUCUUCAUCACCUACCCUCAAACGAAGACCUACUUCCCGCACUUCGACCUGCACGCGGGGUCGGCGCAGCUGCGUGCGCACGGCUCAAAGGUGGUGGCCGCCUUGGGCGACGCUGUCAAGAACAUCGACAACAUCACCGGCGCCCUGGCCAAGCUGAGCGAGCUGCAUGCCUACAUCCUGCGGGUGGACCCGGUCAACUUCAAGUUUGUCUAUAUCGCCACAUGA